CAUAUCCGCAAAUAGAAUGACGGUCACAAUUUUGUGAUUCCGUCCUUCCUCAGUUCCAUUACAAUCCAAGGACUAUGCUUGUGGCUUCAAUCCAUCCAUCUUAUCCGGAGCUGCUCGCCUCUCCUUUUAUUACCACUCGGACACGAAUGGAAUGGGAUUCGGAUUGAGUGAAACGGUCUGCAGCAGUACUCAUGGCCACCAGUCUCCGGCACGCGCUAUCGUCUAUCAUCUCCAUUCUCCUCCUCGCCAACGUUGCCCUCCCAUCGCCAUCGGCCGCUGAUGGGUCGGCGGCCACCCUGGGAUCCUAUCCUCCAACGUGCGAGCGCAUCGAGUGCCCCUCGUACGACGUGAUAGACAAAGGAAAUGGGUACGAGAUCCGCCGAUACAACUCGCCGGUGUGGAUGUCUACCUCCUCCAUAGAAGAUAUAUCCCUCGUGAACGCCACCCGGAUCGGAUUUCUACAACUCUUCGACUAUAUUGACGGAAAAAAUGAGUAUGGGGAAAAGAUAGAGAUGACUGCUCCGGUGAUCACCCAAGUCUCACCUAGCGAUGGACCCUUCUGUGCGUCUUCAUUCAUCGUAAGCUUCUACGUGCCAAAGAAGAAUCAGGCUAAUCCACCUCCUGCUGAGGGCCUCCAUGUGCAGAAGUGGGGGGUCAUAUAUGCAGCUGUGAGGCAAUUUGGAGGAUUUGUGCAAGAUUCCAGUGUUGGAGAGGAAGCAGCGGCCCUCUACACCAGUCUGCAAGGCUCCAACUGGGCCUCUGCAGUUGACAAAGGCCAGAAAGUAAAUCCAACAUCUGUUUAUACUGUUGCUCAGUACAAUUCACCAUUUGAGUUCAGUGGUAGGGUAAAUGAGAUCUGGAUGAUGUUUGACAUGGAAGAAGAUAAUGCUAUCUAACCUGAGGUAGACUGGGAGCUAAACUAGCAAAAAAGGAUCAUAAAAGUUUUUAUUUUGUUUGAGCAGUCAAUGAACUUCAUUUUGGUAACAGCAGAUGUUUAUGUCAUCCUGAACUAAUGCAUCUUCCCCAAGGCUGGACCUCCUGAGCAUUUAAAAUUUACUAUAGAUCAGCUAAUAAUUGUUAUUAUGUAUAACAUCUCUUUGUUUGCCGAACUAUAUUGUGGUAUAUUUUUAAAGACCAUGCUGGUUGGUGGCAAUUUGUGCAGCCGAUCUUGGAAAUUAGGAGGAUGAGCUUUCCAUGGAGAUACAUGAUCACCAAAAUAACCAGAAUGA